CAAGGUUUCUCAGUGAGUAGUAAGAAUAUAGUACCGUACGUACUCAAAGAGGUAAUAGUUUUCCGUUGCAGUAUGUUCUAAAAGAAACAUUGUUUCCGUUAAUGUCACAUCUAGCUUUAUUUGACUGUUAUCCAUCCAGAUGAAAGGCUAGGCAGAUUGUUACUUUCUCAACCUGAGCUAAUUUUUACUCUCAGCAAGAACGACUCGGUCUAUCAAAUCACAGCUAAUUCUCUCAGGGACUUGCUGAAAUUCUGCGUUUGCCUGCUCCGCCUUCCUCUCAUUUUGGACCUCAAACCUUCCUGUAGUCCGAGGCCCUGCACUGGGAUCAAAGGCGCCUCCCGUUCUUCACCCUAACCAUUCAAGCAUCCCGCCUUUCCAGGACACCCUCAAAGCGACAGAACGGUCGCUCUUCUCAAGUCCUAUUGGCUCAAGUUCACGCCUCUCCUGGCACUGGGUGAGACAGGAAGAAAAAGGCCUUCCCCAGGCGCAAGAAGAUGACGUCACAGUAGCCCGGCCAGUACCGCGGCCGCCUGGGGCUCUCUGCCUACUGACUGGCGUCUACCGGUGCCGAUCGAAGACUCCUCAGUCAGCGACGCCUUCGCAAUGGCCAUUUGUCAAUUCUUCCUUCAAGGCCGGUGCCGCUUUGGAGAUCGGUGCUGGAACGAACAUCCAGGUGCCAGGGGUGCAGGAGGAGGACGGCAACAACCGCAGCAGCAGCUUUCAGGUAAUAACAGACGUGGAUGGAAUACCACUAGCCAAAGAUAUUCUAAUGUCAUCCAGCCAUCCAGUUUUUCCAAAUCCGCACCAUGGGGGGGCAGCAGAGAUCAAGAAAAGCCAUCUUUUGGUUCUUUUGAUUCAGGAGCUUCAACUAACAGGAACGAGGGCUUUGGAUUGCCUGAGAACCCAUUUGCUUCACAACCCGAGGAGCAGAAAGAUGAAAAGAAACUUCUGGAAGGAAUUGUAAAAGAUAUGGAGGUUUGGGAAUCAUCAGGGCAGUGGAUAUUUUCUGUUUAUUCACCAGUGAAAAAGAAACCUAAUAUUUCAGGUUUUACAGACAUUUCACCAGAGGAAUUGAGGCUUGAAUACCAAAACUUCUUAACCAGCAAUAACUUACAGAGUUAUGUAAAUUCUGUUCAACGUUUAAUAAAUCAAUGGAGGAACAGGGUAAAUGAACUGAAAAGUCUAAAUAUAUCAACUAAAGUAGCUUUGCUCUCUGAUGUAAAGGAUGGAGUAAAUCAAGCAGCACCUGCGUUUGGAUUUGGCAGUAGUCAAGCAGCAACGUUUGUGUCACCAGGCUUUCCAGUCAAUAACAGCAGCAAUGAUAAUGCUCAGAACUUUAGUUUUAAAACAAACUCUGGAUUUGCCACUGCCUCAUCUGGAAGCCCUGCUGUUUUGGGGAGUUCCCCAGCAUUUGGAGCUGCAGCCUCUGUCAGUUCAGCUAUCUCUACUUCUGCUCCAGCUUUUGGAUUUGGGAAACCUGAAAUCACAUCUGCUGCAUCAUUUUCAUUCAAAAGCCCUGCAGAUUCCAGCUUUGGAUCACCUGGGUUUUCAGGACUUACAACUUCCUUGGCAACAGGUCCCAUCAGCGCUCCAGUGGCCCCGGCCUUUGGAGGUGGCAGUUCUGUGGUUGGUUCUGGUAGUCCAGGCUCACACUCUCACACUGCUUUUUCCAAGCCAUCCAAUGACACUUUUGGAAAUAGCAGCAUAUCUACUUCUUUCUCAGCCCCAAGCAGCAUCAUUGCCACAGAUAAUGUGUUAUUCACACCCAGAGAUAAACUGACAGUACAAGAACUGGAACAAUUUCAAUCCAAGAAAUUUACUCUGGGAAAAAUUCCAUUAAAGCCUCCACCUCUAGAGCUUCUAAAUAUUUAAAAGGGCAAUUUUAAAUACAAAAAAGAAUGGUGUUUGAAAUUGUUUUUUAGUGAUUCAUAUAAAGGUGCAUAUAUGCAUACAUACAUAUAUUCAUAAGGAAUAUAAAUUUCCAAUAAUUACUAGUGAUUUUUAAUUUUAUUUUUUUCUUAAGUCUAAAUAUUUAAGUAAAAAGUUACAAAAACUCAGCAAGGGAAUUGUUUUCUACUGUAAUUAUGAAUGGAACUGAAAAACUGCACGAAUAAAGUACCUUUCUCAUGCUCUACCACUUUACUAUCUCACGAUUUAAAGUUUAAAAAAAAUUUUUUUGGAAGGAGAUAAUUUCUGGAACUAUUAGGGGGAACAUGCUCAAAUAUUUAGCCUACUUUUAGAAUAUACAAUUAGUAGCAUGACUUCAUGUUAAAGAUUCUGUCAGAGAUAAAUCACAGUUUGUAAAGAGUGACAAGCUUUUAUGUUUAGAACCUUGGGAGCAUUUCCCCCCGUAAUUUUGGUUCCUUCUCAACUUUGGCAGUCUCAUAGACUACUGUUUGAGUUUUCUUCAACAAUCUUAUUUUGGCCUCACUUUUAUAUAAUUCUGUUUAUUCAUCACAUUAGUCUGUCAAAUGGUUGAGUUGUAAGAGAAACAAAUUGUGAUGUCAUGUGAAUUAAUAAUGUGUGUAGUGGGGUCAGGAUUCACCAGUUUCUGUUUCUAGAUCUUCUCAGGCAUGGCCAGGUACGGUAACUCACACCUGUAAUCCCAGCACUUUAGAAGGCCAAGGCAGGUGGAUCACCUUGAGGCCAUGAGUUUGAAACCAGCCUGGUCAAUAUGGUGAAACCCCAUCUCUACUAAAAAUAUAAAAAAUAAACUGGGCAUGGUUUUGGAUCUCCCUGUGUCCUCAGAUUGAGAGAGUAAGAUUUAUAUCUUAUGUAUGAAUGAUCCAGGAAGCUAAAGGCCUGUCACAAGUUGAGGCAGGUAUGUCAGAGUUCUGUGCUUUCUCAGCCCUCAAAAAUUACAUAGGUAGCACUACCAAAGCAUUUACUAAUGUGGGUCUGGCAUUUAGCUGAUUUUUCUAAGUGAAAAUAAAGCCUUACAUAAUAAAA